UUUGUGCUCAUAACCUUUUAAAUCUAGCACACAUCGUACGUUGUUAUUUAAGGCGUCGAAUUGGGUAUGUUGGGAAAAUAUUGUUUAUGAUAGUGGAUUGCGUGGGUGUGGUUGAGAGGGAUCGGAAGCAAAGCGAGAUAAUGGAAUCGGAAGGAAUUGUAAGCUCCGAGAACGAGCUGGAGAAUGAUCGUGUGCCUGGGAUAAAUGGGAGAAAGAGGAAGGGAACGGAUGAUUUGAAGAAGCCGAAGAAAAAGAGGAGUAAAGAGAAGAAUGACUUGUAUAAGCGACCAACGGUGGAGGAGCUCAAUCAACUCAGAGAAACUGAGAAUCUGUUUCAUUCGAAUUUGUUCAGAUUACAGAUCGAGGAGGUUCUUUCAGCUGUUAAAGUAUCGGAUAAAUAUAAUAGGCUAUUUAAGCUGUGGUUCGAAAAAUUCGAAAACCAUUUAAAUUCAAUGGAGGAUAAUGUGGAAAUUGAGCUAAAUAACGAUACGUUGUUCGAAGAUUGCGAUGUAAGAAUACCCAUGAAAAAGUUGCCCAACGACUGCGCUGGCACUUUCAAAUUCUUAACACCUUCGAAAAUUAUGGUAGGUGGUUCGUACGCGAUAGAUACUGUUAUUGGUCCUGACGCUACGAUAGACGUAUUGAUAGAGAUGCCUCGAAGUCUAUUUAGGAGAAGCGAUUCGAAGAAUUAUGUGUACAUGAGAAAGAAAGCUAUGUAUCUGGCUUUCAUAGGCCACAAACUGGACAAGGAGUUAGUGCAAAGCAUGUGUUUUAUGGGAAAUCAUUCGAAUCCUAUAUUAAAAAUCAUUCCAAGUGGAAAAUUAAGCAAACGCUGCGUCGUUUAUGCUCAUCUAGUUGUACAAGACACAACUUUCCCAUUGACCAAAUUAAUACCCCAAAAGAAUAACGUAAAGAGUAACUGGUUUUUCAAAAGUAACGAUAACGAUGUUUCAGUUACUACUUCGCCAACUCCGCAUUAUAAUAGCACAAUUAUGUACGAUCUAACGACAUUGCAGGCAAAUGUUCACAAUAUCAAAGUGAUCAAAGAAUAUCCAAAUAUAAGAGAUGGUAUUAUACUGUUAAAAAUAUGGUUAAAACAACGAGAUUUCAGUAAUAAUUUUGAAACAUUUAAUGGUCAUGUUAUUACAAUGUACGUUUUAUAUUUGUUGUAUACAAAAAAAUUAAAUACAUUUAUGAGUAGUUAUCAAAUUGUCAGAAAUACAUGGCAGUAUUUGGCUCAAGUCAAUUGGUGCCAGUCGGGCAUAAGCUUGUGUCGAGACGAAGAAAUCAAAGAGCGAAUUGUCGAUUAUCAUAAAUACUAUGAUUGUGUUUUCCUCGAUUCGACUGGAUAUCACAAUUUAGCAUCGAAUGUAGUCGGGGAUACAUUCAAGUGGAUUGCAAAUCAAGCCGAAUUAUCACUUCAGUGCUUGAACAACACCCGCAUCAAUGGCUUUCAAAUACUUUUCAUGCGAAAAGUAAACUUUUACAAUAUAUUUGAUCAAAUUGUUUGCUUCUACAAUGCGAAAGCUUUGAAAAAUAUUGUUAAAGCAAACAGCGACAAUACCAGCGAACUGAAUUUUGGCUCCAACAAGUAUAUUCAAAUAGUGAAAUUUAUCUCAAAAUUUUUAAAGGAAGGUCUGGGAAAUAGAAUAUCGUUGAUCAAUAUUUUCCCGAGAAAACUAAAAGAGUGGGAAUUGAAUCAAGAAAUUCCAGACGACGUCGACAGACUGCACGUUGGCUUUCAAUUGAAUCCAAACUAUUGUUUCAGCAUUAUUGAAAAGGGUCCAGGUGCUAAUCUACCAGAAGCACACGCGUUCAGGAAGUUUUGGGGAGAUAAAUCGGAGCUUCGAAGAUUCAAGGACGGCACAGUUUGCGAGGCUGUUAUAUGGGCAAACGAGAAUGCAACUUCUUCCGAGAAACGUCAAGUACCUCAACAAAUUAUAAAAUAUUUACUCGAACAGAAGCUUUACUUAUUCGAGCAGGUUCACUUCUUCUUUUUAUCUAAUCAAAUAGAGGAAUUCCUGAGCCUGAAGAAGGUGCAAGUCCCGGCAUUCCAGUACAGCAACGAGGAGGCUUCGCUCCAGGCUAUCGUGCUCUUUGACUCCCUGAAGAAGCAGCUCUCAAAUCUGACCGAUCUGCCCUUGGAAAUAAGCGGCGUCCAGGGCUGUAGUCCCGUCUGCCGUUACACCGCCGUCUUCCCGCCCCUGGCGAGGUUCUGCCGAGCGGACGGUGUCAACGUCAUCGCCGGCAAGACCCAUCUGCGUCUCGCCGAGGAACCCAAGGACCUACCCCUCUACCACGAGCCGAUCGAGGCGGUCCUGCAGAUGUGCAUCAGUGGCAAAUGGCCCGACGAGCUCGAGGCUCUACGGAUGACCAAAGCCGCCUUUUACCUCCAAAUCGCCGAGAACUUGAGGAAAGAGAGCAAGCUCAGCGCCCACGGCUCCCUCAAUCACAUCGACGUCCUAAAGGAUGGCUUACCAUUUCGGCUUCGAAUAGCAAGUCAGAAGGAGAUUGGCCUGCUCAAGCAGUUAACGGACGAGGAUGGCGUUAAGAAGUAUCGGGAUACCGAAGAAUCGAUGGAAUUGGAAGCGAAGCUCUUCCAUUUGCCAAAAAUCACCGGCGCAUUGUCCGGAUUGCACCGACAGCAGCCGUCGUUCGGUCCAGCCUGUUGUUUGGUCAAGCGAUGGCUCUCGUCCCAGCUGAUCGACGAGUCCCACAUGCCGGGCAUCGUGGUCGAACUGCUCAUGGCCGCCAUCUACCUGGAGCCGCUACCCUACGAGUCCGUGCAGCAGCCGCAGGUGGCAUUCUUGCGCUUCCUCGAGUCCUUCGCCCGGGAGCACUGGAGCACCGAUCCCGUCCUCGUCAAUUUCAACAACGAGAUGACACGCGAGGAGACCGUGGACGUGGAGAACUACUUCGGGACGUCGAUGGGUACGCUACCGCCACUUUUCAUCGUCACCCCCUAUGACAGACGCUCGAGUGCGUGGACACGGAAGGCCCCGAACACGCUCAUCCUCAACCGCAUAAGCGACCUCUCGAAGGAGGUACUCCGGAUCGUCGAGAUACAGCUCUCGAAAGCGACGAGUCUCCUAUGUGGUUCACUCUUCGUGCCCUCGCUCGCCGAGUACGACUGUCUCAUUCGGCUCAAGGACUCGUUAAACCCCCGGCGAUUCCAAGCCGUAGACGUGGACGACAGUUUGCCUACUGUCGAGCUGCUGCCGGUUAAGAACAACUACGUGACGAAGAUGCCCGUCGUCGACUUUGUUCCGGUCGCCGAGUAUCUCCGAGAAUUGAGGAGUAUUUACAACGACUUUGCUCUCUUCUUCCACGAUACUUACGGCGGCAGUGUUAUAGGAGUGUUAUUAAGACCGCUGACCAACCAAGAAAGAGACUUUAAGGUCACGAAUGUACAUUGCCACAAAUUGAAUGACAAUGGUAAAUUGAUAUUAAACGUAUCAGCAAUGAUCGAAGAUUUUUACAUUCUUGGCAACGGACUGGUUGAAACUAUCGAUAUUCAGUCUACAAGCAUCGACACCACUUAAUCUGUACAUUGUAAAUAAAUAAAUAAGCUUAAAACUUAUUGCUUGUAUAAUAAUGAGAGAUUAUUUGAAUAAAGUACUUUUUACAAACACUAAAUGUAAUGGAUUAUGUUUAAUUGCGUGCUUUACCCGCCUCUCAGCA